GCCGCGGCGCGGUCAGGUUCUUCUUAAGCGAAGCGGAGACGGUCUCUCUCAGUCAGUGUAACCGGCUUUAUCUCGUUAAUUUAACGAUUUACCGGCGCAGAGCUUUAGGUUUAUUUAUAGUGCGAGACUCGCGUAUUUAUUUAGGUAUUUAUUUCAGACUUUUAGAGCGUAUUUUGUGAUUUUUUUUGGGCGGGAAAUUUUAUUUAGUUAACGUUAGCUCAUUUUAAUUUUUUGAAUCCAGCUCCAGCUCGUUCUGAGCGGCUUGGCGGGUUCUGACCAGGAAACGGCGAAAAACCUCGCAAACCGGCGGCUCCCUCUCAGCUGUUUACCGUGGAAUGAGCUUCCAUUCACCCAUCCUGUCUGUUGCACAAUGGAUGUCCGUUCCGUCUGCCUAAUCACCCAAACCAAAACACAUUGUAGCAGCACUAGUCUAUUCAGAGGAUAGCAAUAGCCCCCUCACUCCACCCUCUCCCUCAGCAUUACACAUCAGUUUAAACACAGCAGUGCAGAUACUCUUGCUGGCGUCUGGAUUGCUUUAAAUUGCUGUUUUAGCCGAGGGCGAAGGUAGGUAGGUUUGGGGCAUAAAAUUUAAAAACAUUCAAGACUUAAAAACACUAGUUACCUCAGUUAUUUAAGCAAGUCUAGUGCGCUGUUUGAAAGAAGGGCUUAACUAGAUUUUGGAAGUUGCUAGAAUUAAGAUUGUGAAGUAUACACUUAAUUUAUAACUUGAAAGUAGACAAAUCUAUUGCACACAAUGGUGUCGACAACUUUAGCUACCAUAACCAUGAUGGCCACCGCUGGGGUGGCCACCCAGAUGCCACUGACCGACUACAUGUGGCUGCUGAUAGUUGGUUUCAUCAUAGCCUUCAUCCUGGCCUUUUCCGUGGGCGCCAACGAUGUUGCCAACUCCUUUGGCACAGCGGUGGGCUCCGGCGUGGUCACCCUGAAGGUUGCCUGCGUGCUUGCUACUGUGUUUGAGACCCUGGGUUCGGUGAUGCUUGGAGCCAAGGUCAGCGAGACGAUACGGAAAGGAAUCAUCGACGUCAACAUGUACAACGGCACCGAGCAUGUUCUGAUGGCUGGCUCUGUUAGCGCCAUGGUUGGCUCUGCUGUGUGGCAGUUAGUGGCAUCCUUCCUGAAGCUGCCCAUUUCUGGGACUCAUUGCAUUGUGGGAGCCACUAUUGGCUAUUCAUUGGUGGCAAAAGGUCAACAGGGAGUCCAGUGGUUUCAGCUUCUCCGAAUCGUUGCCUCGUGGUUUCUCUCCCCUCUUCUCUCCGGCCUGAUGUCUGCCAUUCUCUUCUACUUUGUCCGCAUGUUUAUCUUGCAGAAGAAGGAUCCGGUUCCCAAUGGCCUGAAAGCCUUGCCUGUCUUCUACGCCGUUACGAUGGGAAUUAACCUGUUUUCAAUCAUGUUUACUGGCGCACCGGUGAUGGGAUUUGAUAAACUGCCCUGGUGGGGAACCCUCCUCAUCUCCAUCGGCUGUGCCAUCCUCACUGGAAUCAUCGUCUGGUUUGCUGUUUGUCCCUGCCUUAAGAGAAAGAUUGAACGUGAAAUUAAGUCUUCCAGCCCCUCAGAGAGCCCCCUAAUGGAGAAGAGGGAGAUGGUGGAGGCACACUGUCCAAUCCUCAAACCGGUUCCUGAGGAGAAUGCAUCCACACAGACCUCAAAUAACCCCCAACCAGCUGCUGCUGUUGUCGAAGAACGCAGGGUGACCUUCGAUAUCGGCGACUCGGACGAGGCUGAGGCGAAGGAGAACGAGACCAGCCACAGUAAUGUUCCAAAGACGGUCCACGUUCAGUUCAGCAACGGCCCAACGCACAUGCCCAGCAACGGCUACAGCCAGUACCACACAGUCCACAAAGACUCCGGCCUCUACAAAGACCUGCUGCACAAACUACACCUGGCCAAGGUGGGCGACUGCAUGGGCGAAGGUGGAGACCGGCCCAUCCGCCGAAACAACAGCUACACCUCCUACACCAUGGCCAUCAUCGGCCUGCACGGCGAGAUCCGACCCCGCGACUCCGACUUCCGGGCCUGUGAGGACGCAGACAAGGAAAAGGCUGGCACUCAGGAGAGGAAGAGGAUCCGGAUGGACAGCUACACCAGCUACUGCAACGCUGUGGCCGAGCACGGCACCCCUGAAGGCCUCGGAGAGGGAGAGGUGACCCUGGAGGUGGGAGAGGAGGACCGGGAAAGCAGCAGGAGCUCGCUGGAGGAGGAUAGAGCUGAGGCAGACAAGCCAGAAGUGUCCAUGCUCUUCCAGUUCCUGCAGAUCCUCACUGCUUGCUUUGGCUCUUUUGCUCAUGGUGGAAACGAUGUCAGUAACGCUAUUGGGCCACUGGUGGCACUCUGGCUGGUCUAUCAGAGUGGAUCUGUGGAGUCCAAUGCACCGACUCCAAUCUGGCUGCUGCUGUAUGGUGGAGUGGGCAUCUGCGCUGGACUGUGGGUGUGGGGCCGUAGAGUCAUCCAGACCAUGGGCAAAGAUCUGACCCCCAUCACUCCCUCUAGUGGAUUCAGCAUUGAGCUGGCUUCUGCUGUCACUGUUGUGGUUGCCUCCAACAUCGGUCUUCCUGUCUCCACCACCCAUUGCAAGGUGGGCUCUGUGGUGGCUGUCGGUUGGAUGCGCUCCCGGAAGGCCGUAGACUGGCGUCUUUUCAGGAACAUCUUCAUGGCCUGGUUCGUGACCGUGCCCAUCUCCGGCCUGAUCAGCGCCGCCAUCAUGGCCCUCUUCACCUACGUCAUCUUCGUCUGAGCCCUCACGACGCUGCGGUACUGCUACACCCUCUGCCAUCUGCAGCUUAGACACGCGAGGGGGGCGGAUGCUAGGUGCCCUGUUGCCCUGUUUUGCUGCCUCGCUACUUUAUCAAUUCUUUUUCUCUUUUCUUUUCUAUUUUCUUUUUCUUUCUUUUUUGUUUCUCUGUUUCAGUGUGUAAUGGGGACAUUACAUUUUUUUUUUAUUUAAACAAAAGCCUUGUGGCUUGUGAUUCUCAGCUUGCAGCGUUGUUUUAGCAGCCUGCAUUGACUUGACAUGAUUCUUGCGUGCAUUCGUUCUCUUCAUCCAAUCGUGCGUCUGCACCAGGUCACAUCACAUGCCUUUUGUAACAGGUUUCUUUUCUUUAUAUUUUUCUUCUGUUUUCUUUUCUUUCCUUUUGUUCUCUGACUAGAUGAAUUGUUGCCAUCUAAAUAUUAUUAUAUAUAUUAUAUACAUACUCACCUCUUUUUGUAAAUAGUUAAUCAACAAAGGAAAAAAAAGAUUUUUCUCUUUUUUUAAUGUAAUUAUAUGUAAAUAACUUAAUUUUUUUUUAGGUGACAAAGAACAAUUACAGUGCAGUAUUAGCCUUUCUUUUUCUUUAAAGACAUGUUUCUACACUCACUAUCCUCCUCUUAACAUGACGUUCACUCAUUCGGUUCACAAGUAUUCAGUUGCAAACGAGGUUGCUGGAUUUUCUUUUUUUAUUAUUAUUAUUACAUUUAUACAUAUAAAAUCCUUAAUGACUGCGACGACAACGUCCUUAAAAGGUUUAUAGGUUUAGAAAAUGCUUUAGGAGUGUCAUCCUCCUCAUCAAAUCUUGUUGUAUAGCAGGUUCAGUAAGUGUGAAUCAGUGAGCUGGUCCUGUACUUAUUUUCCACUUUUGUGAUCAGACUAUCAGUCUAGAUUUGCAGCACAGCCUUAUGUCUUCUCUUUAUAAUCAGACCUCCUCAUUAUUUUAUUGUUUUUUUUAAUGCUGUGCACGUUUACAGCCAUCACUUUCAUUUUCAUCAAUUACUUCUUUUAUUCUACACUACAAAGAUGAGACCAGUUUAAUACUCGGUUUUUGGGACUAUCCUCUUUUUAUUUUUUUUUUCUCUCUCGUUUUUCUUUUCCUCAGUAUAUCUUGAGGUCUUCAUUCCAGUGCUUUAGACGUCUUCAGCAGGUCAGACUUUAAUACAAAGGCAGUCGAGAGGUUAUUUUUUUUAGUACAUUGGCAAAAAUAAGUAAGUAGAGAAAGCAUUGCACAUGUUGAGUAAUUACUCUGCGUUUGGCCACACUUGCUUAAAUUAAAUGGGCUCCCUAAUGUUUGCAGUGGAUAAUUGGUUGCCAUAUGUUGCAUUCUGUACUGAGUAACUGAUUAAGUGUAGCCUAACUUUGACACUCUCCCCAUUGGCCAGUGUAACUAACAAACUGUGACUGCCGUUCUGUCCAGUUUAUUUAACUUUAUUUUAUUAUUUUUGGCUGUGAGGCUUUAAGGCUAAUUUAUGCCUCUGCCUUAAAUCUACACCAUAGCCUGACUUGUACAGGCUGUUGAUGUUCUCGUGAUUCUAUUGAUGCAGACCACAGCAACCGUAAACAGUCAGUAAGUUCUGUAUUCAAACAGCCCCCAAAACACUGUAGACACUGUUCAAAUCAAGUCAGAAUAGGGGGAAAGAGCGUCAUCUACUGUACCCAAUCACUCCUACAGUGAUGUUGGCAAGCACAGGCUUUUGUUAGCUGAUGUGUCCUAGUGAAUGAAGAGCUGGGUUAAACUGGAGAGUAAAUUUAGGGUUUUGAGUGAAUCUCAACAGUGUAGUUUUUGGUUUCGGUUGCAGUUAAAGUGAAUGGAUAAACGCUGAACAAACAGUGGACCAGAGCUGGUAAAAUUUUAAAAACUGGUUUAAACAGAAUUCGUAGCGACCCCUUCGAGCUGUGGCUUGAACUGACCUUUUCCUUUCUUCCUGGGACUAUUUUAGUUUACCAGUUUUUGCUGUGGCGUUUGCCGUGACUACAGGACCAGUAUCUUAAACACUCACUGAAGUAGACCUUUUUAUUUGAUCAGGAAUUGAAGGGCGUGAAACUUUUUGUAAUGCUGGAAACGAGACCUUAAGAUUUUUCCUGUGAAACUUGAGCGCAAUCAGUCAGCUGGUGCAGCGCGUCAUGCUUCUUCUUCGCUCCAGCCUGCUAAACCCUGAGGUUCCCGCUGCUCGCUGUAGCUCCGUGUUCGACCAAUUCAGGCAGCUGUAGAUCCACCUGCACUGCUUAGUGAGUUGUUAUGCAUUAUAAUACCUACAACUUGGCUAUGAUCAGACUGCCAUCCCAAAUCUCAUUUGUAUACAGAUUUAUUUUUUAAUAAUCUAAACAGCCAGAAACCACACAGUCAGGCAAAUUGGGCCUAAAACUAAUUUAGAAGUGGUUUAAAAUGUGACUGUCCAGAGUGAUGGAAGAACAGGGUUCCAAGAAGACAUCCAUGCAAAUACUUUUGUGCUGUCAAGAUGGGCAAAUCCAAUCUGAACGUCUGACUUGCAAAACAAAUCCAAAUCUGAUUUGUAUCCAGAUUGAUUGAUUGAUUUUUGAUCACCUGAGCAGCAAGAAACCACACAAUCAGGGUUUUUUUGCAAAUUGGGCCCAAACCACAUUUUAGAAAUUGAGUGAAAAGUGCAGGGGUUCAGACAGACCUCGAUACCACAGAAAAUUCAUGCAGAUACUUUCUUGUGCUGUCAAGACAGGCAAAUCCAUUCUGAUUGCUUGCAAAUACAACCUUGCAAAACUAAUCUAAAUUCAGUGUGUCUGCAGUCUGAGUCUAGCCAUUUUUAAAGCAGAUAAAAAAAAGAAAAAAAAAAAGGUCCUCAUCAUUAGUCAGUGCCGUAACAGUGAUGUUUGCAGUGCAGGUGGACUACAGCUAACUGCAGGCGGUGGGCACUGCCUGCUAUAGGAUGUACGCAAGCAUCCGCUUGUGCAGCGUAAUGUAUAUAAGUGCUCAUAGGGUCGCAUAUGCUAGCACCUCCAGCAAACUGAAUGAUUUGGUUAGAGUUAGGCGUGAGGGGCCACUUUCUUUUUUUUUUUUCUUCGAGAGGUAGAGGGUUACGCUAAUCAUGCUAAUGUUGCUUAAUAACAAGGCUAAAAUAAAAUGAAUUAAAGCAAAUGCUGCAUACAACCAGCUCAUUCAUGAAGCUGGCAACGUUUGCAUGGUUGUUUUUUUUCUUCUCUCUCUCGUUUUAAAGCAGUGGUGUGUGUGUACAGUCACUGGCGUGUUAAAACUGGACAGUAGUAGCUGGGGUUUGUAAUCCCAGACCCCUUGCUGGACCGCUGGGGGUCUCGCAGUUGCAUCCACUGCAGUGGUGCCACCUUUCCAGAGUGGCAACUUGGCUACCGCACUUAAAGCAUCUAGACCUUUAGAAUUGCUGUAGUUGCCUUAACUUUUCUGUUGGGUUCAUUUUUUUUAGGUACCAAAGAAAGAAAGAAAAAAAAAACUUGUGUGUAUAUUGUAUGCGUAUACUCUGAUGCCCAUGCUGGGCAUUCGAGCUGGGGAAGAAAAAUACAAAAAAAAAAUAAUAAUAAAGAUGCUUUUUUUGGGAA